AUGUCUACCACUGAGGAAUGGGUUCAGGAAUUUGAGGCUCUUUGUGGUCGAGUUUCCUCACUAUUCCAUUCUGAAAUUGAGGAUGAGAAUGUUCGCAUUCGAGCCUUGCGUCUUGCUGAAAAGGCUGUGCAUCAGCUCCAUACCCCCAUGACAUUUGCUGAAGCGCAGACAUGGGCACCGUUGGAGCUGUUUGGUGCCGGAGUGGCCUGUGAGAUGGGCAUAUUUGACGUUCUCUCCAAACACUCUGGGCCUCUUAGCACCGCCGAUGUCGCUAAAGAGCUCAAUGCUGAUCCAGCCUUGGUUGCUCGGAUCAUGCGUCUAUUGGAUGCACAUUAUAUGGUCGACCAAAUCUCCUUGGGUCAAUAUGCAGCAAACGCAAUUACUAGGGACUAUGUACAGCCCUACCGGAAAGGCAACGUCAUGACCCAAAUUGGCUUGAUGACCUCGUAUUUUGCUCUCCCAACCUGGCUUCGUGACAACGAUUACAACGUGCUACCUGAUGCGAAACACUGUGCCUGGCAGGUUGGCGCCAAUACCAGCAAAACAUUCUGGGAUAGCAUGUCGGAGGAUCCACGGCUAAGUACAUACUUCAACGAUUACAUGACACUCCCUCGUACGACCCAAGAGGAGGAUUUUGUCAGCUUCUAUCCAUUCGAGACUGUCUUCAGCAAUUCUAAUGCUGAUGACAUCCUCUUCGUCGACAUUGGUGGCGGUCUCGGUCAUCAGGCUAUGCGUGUCCGAAACGCCUUCCCACGUUCUCGGGGUCGCGUAAUUCUACAAGACCUUCCCCAAGUCACUAGCAAGAUUGCGGCCAACUCGCUACCAGAUGUAGAAGUCAUGGACCACGACAUGGCGGACCCACAGCCUGUCAAAGGCGCCCGUGUGUACUACCUUCGCGGUGUCCUACAUAACCAUGCCGAUCAUGUGUCCGUACAAUACCUCUCGCAGUUUGCUGCCGCCAUGGGCCCUGAGUCAAGAUUAUUGAUUCAUGAGUCCUUAGCAUCGGACCUCAAUCCUACUAAAAACGUCACAAGGUUUGAUCUGAGCAUGUUGGCAUCGUGCGGAGGUGCACAGAGGUCUGAGGCGGAGCAGAAGGCAUUAUUGGAGGAGGUCGGGCUAGAGGUAUUAGCGACAACCAGUACGCCGAGAGACUGGUCGAUCAUGGAAGCCAGGUUAAAGAGGGUGUAG